AUGAUGAGAAAUGUCUUCCAAGAACUUCCUAUAGAAGAAGAAAAAGCUGUAAAAAGAGGAAAAAGUGUGAAAACUGGCUAUGAUGAAAACAGCUGGAAAAAGCAGUGUAUGGAACUAGUGAACUUAAUUUUCCAGUGUGAAGAUUCUGAACCUUUUAGACAGCCAGUUGAUUUGGAUCAGUAUCCUGACUACAGACAUAUUAUAGACACUCCAAUGGACUUUGGUACAGUGAAAGAAACACUGGAAGCAGGAAACUAUGACACUCCAAUGGAACUGUGCAAAGAUAUAAGGCUAAUAUUCAGUAAUGCAAAAUCUUACACUCCAAAUAAAAAAUCGAAGAUUUAUAGUAUGACCCUGAGAUUGUCAGCACUAUUUGAAGAGAAAAUAAGACGAAUUGUUUCAGAUUUUAAAAAUGGUCAGAAGCAGAAUGAAACAUUACGCAAAAAACGAAGAUAUACUAGAAGAUUUUUGAAUCAAUGCUCAGUUCAGACUCCUACCAAAACGCUCAGAAAUUUGAAGCAGAAACCAUUAAAAUCUCAGGCAAAAAUUGAAUCCGAGCAGGAAGAUUCUUUUACUCUACCUACCUCAAGCAGAGCCGCUUGUGUUACAAGCCAUAAAACGACUGCUAGCAAUUAUGCCCAUAGUUCCUCUGGGGAAUCUUCUGAUUUUGUAUGCCUGGCAUCCCUCGAAAGGAACGGAAAGGCGAGGUCAGCAACGCUGACAAAUUGUUCUGCUUUGUCAUCAGAAAGUGAGAUAGAAGGUUCUUUGGUUUCUUCAUCUUCAUCUUCUACCAGUAGCUCAGAAGACAGUAAAGAAAGUGCCGCGACUCUUGUAUCACCCCCACUGCAAAAUGGGAUAUCUAGAAGAAAGAAUAACAAUUUCAGGAUAACUAGAAAUCGAGCUGCUCAAAGAAAACAGAUAGGAACACUUCCACAGGAGAAUGGGAAUACAAGAAGAACUGCCAGGAAAAGGUUAUAUGGAAGUGACUCUGAAAAUACUUCAGUGGUGACAUCCGAGUCACAGAGUAAUAAUACUGGUCGACACAGAAAAACUCCCCGCAGAAGCGCUGCUCUGGCUGCCAAUAAAUUAAAGCUAAUGAGUGACGUGGAGGAAGAGGUUUCAAGCUCAGAAAGUAUUGGCAUUGGCUGCAAGAACAGAAAGUUGCCCCACCGCAAUGCCUCGGCUGCAGCCAGGCGGAUGCUGCUCGAUGGCUCCGAGGAUGAUGCAGGGCUAAAAUCUGAAAGUGAAAAAGAAGAAGAGAAGUUUACCAAGAGGAAAGGUCUUUCUCAGCCAGGUUCAUCUACUGCAAGAAGAAAAUUCAUCAGCGAAUCUGAAAAUGCAACGUCAGAUUCGGAAGCAGAUACACAAGUGAAGCAGAAAAACUGGCAAAGCAAUGGCCAUAAACAGUCACGCGGGAGAGCCCGUUCUGUAUCUCCCAGGGCAAAAAGUCCCACAGGAGAAUUGUCGGAGGAGGACUCCAAAAGCCAUAACUCGGAGGAUGGGAGCAGUCAGAAAGCUGCUGACCAGUCAACUUCUGCACAUAAGGCUGCAGUGAGCAACUCUGAGGAUGAAGCCGAUUCUGAAUUGGAGAAGUGGAACAGCAGAAAAAUGACUAGUCAGCAUCUUGUUGCUCCUUUAAAAAAGACAAAAGUCUUGAGCGAUUUAGAGGACACUGCAGAAUCUGACAGAGAAGACAAAAAGGAUAGGAGAGGUUAUAUUUCAGAGAGCUUGGUGCCAUCUAGAAUUGCGGAGAGUUCAAAAUCUGGAGCUGGUGCCGGCUUAGAUUUCUCUUCUGAUACAGAAUCUGACACAGAUUCCAAUAACAGUAAUUGUAACACUUUAAAGACAAGAAGGAGGCAAAGAAAAGGAAAAACAAAACUCAUAAGAAAAGACUCACCGUCCGAGGAGGUUGGACCAAGCAGAAAAGUGCUCAGGAGCAGGACAUGUAUAAUUAACUACAAGAAACACAUAAAGCUGUCAAAUGUGACAGAGAAAAAAAAUCCACGCAGAUGUGCUACUUUGGCAGCUAAUAAGAUUAAGAUAAUGAGUGAUACAAAGGAAGAAUUAUCAAGCUCAGAAAGUGUUUGCAUAGGAAAAAAGAACCGAAGGCAGCUUCAUGGCAAUGGCUCGGCAUCAUCCCGAAAAAAACUGAUCAGCACCUCUGAGAUAGAUGUUAGUUUAAAGUCUGAAAGUGAGAAAGAGCAGUUUGCUGGCAGGAAAAGACUUUCUUGCUCUAAUUCUGCAUUUAAGAGAAAGUACAUUAGUGAAUCUGAAAAUGAAAAAACAGAUUCUGAGGAAGAGACAAAAGUGACUCAAAAGCAGAGUGAUGAUGACGAGCAGCCACACAGAGCAGACCAUACUGCAUCUCUUAAUGACAUAUAUGACUUUACAGAAGAGAAUUCCAGAAACCACAGCAUGGAAAAUGGGCGAAAUUGGAAAGCUUCUAGUCAGUUAACUUCAGCCCACAACCAUUGUAUAGCCAGUAACUCUGAAGAUGAAGCAAAUUCCGCGUUAGCCAAACAUGAAACUAAAAAUGCCAGAGGGGUAUCAAAUAAAAAGUCUAGAACUACUUUCAAAAGAGCAAAAUUAUUGAAUGAUAUAAAAGAAACAGCUGAAUCUGAAGCAGUGGGAGGAAAAGAUGAGAGAAGCUCAGUAUCAGAGAAUGUAGAAACAUGUGGGGCUGCAGGAAGUUCAAAAGCCGGUUUCAGCUGUUCUUUUGAUUCAGACUCUGGCACUGAUAACAAUAACUCUAGUGAUGCCACAGAAACAAAGAAGAGGAAAAGAAAAGCAGAAGUUCUUAGGAAAGAAAUCUCAAACUCCAGUUUGUCUUCCAAAAGACCCCAACGAAGGAAACGUUGUAAACUUAAUCAAGAAAAUGACUCUGAAGAUCUGGAUUACACCAAGUACAGAAGAGCUAAUCGGCGUUCUAAGAUAAGAACUCGGAAUGGGGGCAGACGGACUGUGAGAUAUGACGAUUGCGACGACGACGAUGAUGACAGAGGUUUAGGUGAUAUAAAUUGUGAAACGUAACCUUAAAAAGAAAAGCCAGCACACUUUUUUUUUUAUGGUAAUAGCACUAGAACUCAUGAUGGAUGCUGGCUCUUCUUUGUCCUACAUUUCAGGGAAUAUAUUUAUAUUUUUCUAUGAAAAAGUUAUGAAUGUGAUUAGAUCAUGACUUUCUCCUUUUCAUAUUUUGACUUGCACUUGCCUGCCCAUGUAGCAGCAUUUAGCACAGAUGCCAAAAUGUGCCUCAUUAUAGGGGCAAUUUUUUGUCUUUACUGGUAUUUUAUUACAUAUAACAAGAGUUAAAAAUGUUAAAACACUGCACAACAGGUUAAUAGCAGUAUGUUGAGUAUUAUUGUUAUGGGUGCUGCAAUGGAAUACUACCUAGGUCAAACAACAUUAACACAUUCAAGAACAGAUUUCAAACAUCUCUAAUGCUGUAUGAAAUUGUAUACAAUAGCAACAGGCUUAUAAAUAAUACUGUACACUAUAAAAAUCUGGUAGAUGCUACUAUUGCAUCAGAGGAGUAAUGAAUGGUCACGAGGUUAAUAACAUUACAGCUUCUAUUAGUACAGAUAUUAAAUGUUCUGUACUUCCAUUAUUGAAAACAUACAACUAGAACCAGUUACCAGUGAAAAAUAUAUUUGCCAGUUAAAAAAGCAUUAUGGUGCUGGUAAAGAGAGGGUUUAUGCUGACAGGUAGUACUAUCAUCAUUAAUGUGACUUCUAUACUGUAAAUUUAAUAAUAUGAAAUGCAGGGGAACUCUUGGGCCUGAGGGUUUUUGUGUGUUUUCUUUAUAAAAUAG